GUGGGAGUACAAUGGCAUCCGUGAAGAACACAUCCACAAGCGCUGGACCAUCUACCCCCGGGGACGGACGACCUCUACAGCAAUCUACUCCUCAGUAUAUGCACGCAAUGAGAGCACAAUGGUUUUUGGACUUCGUUGUUCGGUGGGACCUUUUUGGGCCAGUUGUUUUCAUGCUACCCACUUCUGUUCUAGACGCUGAGGGAGUGGACAACGUUCUUCCUCUCGGUACCAUCGUCGUGUGCGCCAAGACUCCCGGAGGUUUGCUCAAGCUGCAUACUGUCGCCUUCUACAACGAGUGCACACUGCCUCUCAGUGGUGUUAAAGGUGUGUUGGUGACCAUCAAGCGUUUCGCAGGGUACGGCUCGAACAUGACGUUGUGCUCUCACUUCAAAGGCCUUUACGAUGGCGGCAACAAGCGUCAUCCAUCGCCAGAGCAAUAUCUCGAUCUCGCGCUGAUGGUGCCGAAAGAACGUCCGGUUCUUCCGCGAGAACAUGUUUUCCGGCUUCUGUCACCCCAUGAGAGGUCGUCCGGCUUGGCUCAAGAAACUCCAGUUGCGGCAGUGGGGUGCGGGAGUCUGAUUCAAGACGCUGGGGGUCGGGUUAAGGGGCGCGCGCGCAGCGUUCACACGCGGGUCGGCCUGGAUGCUCCUGAGAACAAGUCGGACUUGCAUUCUCAGGGUACAGGGACUCAACGGGUCGGCAAUCCGAAACUCAUCAAGGUCCGCUCCGGCGGCAACACGUAUUCGCUUCGAGAUGAGAUGAGAAGAGAAUCCGGUAGAUCGAGGCAAGGUGUCGGAGGGAUGGGCGCUGUCCGCGAAAGCUCUGGUGGGGAGCAGACUCCUUCGAAGAAGAAGCGCGAGCGACAGAGGAUGGUGCGAGAGGAGGUGGCGGAAGGGACCCUCCGCAUGAAGAGGAUGAGAGGAAAAUCGGAGGCGGUGAUGGGCGGGGAUGGAGGUGACGUCGGAGAACGUGCCUCGGGAAAGAGGCCGCCGAAGGAAGAGCGUGGGACGACAAGUAAGAAAGUGAGGAGGCCCGACGGUUUGACCAUCCGCGAAGGACAAGCUGUGGGUGGAGGAGAUUCGGCUGAUCCAGGCGCUGCGGCCGCGAGAGAACCUUCAGGGAAAUCGAAACGGAAAGUGGCAGUUGAAGAAGGCGAUGGCCAGAAGAAACCUCGAAGGCGAAAGACUACUGAGGCGGCGAGCGGGGGCGAACGGUCUGUCGGUGAGGAGUGCGACGAAGUGGCAGCGUUCUGGCUCGAAUACGGGCGGAACGAUGGCAGUGAAAUCGUGGAGAAGGAGCUCCCCGUCCAACUGCUCAUCGACCCCAGGAAGAUCUGCGACAUCCCGUGUUGGGAAAGAUAUUACAACCACCGCAGUCUAAAUCGCGAAACUGUGGACGACAUCAAGGUUUGUCUCAACGAGAACAUGAGACACAAGAUGUCUAAGCAGCGAUCGCAGAAGGCCGCGUUAUUGGACAUGCGGGAGGCAUGGGAGAAAGAAGGAAGGUCGAUGGCCAUUCAAGGGAACCCUUCCGGCAAGGAGGCCGAAAAACAAAAGUUUUCCGAAUUCCAAAAGUUGCUUUUGGGAAAGAGUCCGAACGAAGCUCACUGGACGUUGGCAAAAAAAGAUUUGUCGCUCGCCGACGAGGAGUAUGUCGCUGCCGUUGGCAAUGCAUUGAGGCAGUGGAUGCAGCUCGUGACGGCAGGUGAUGACAUUUUCCGCAAAUCCAUGGAGUUCUACGCGAAAUGGGCGAUGGGGAAGUUGUUGGGCGGCGACGGCAAGACGCCAUUGUCGAGGCCGGACAAAUACAUGCCAGACAAAUCUCCGGGUCUGCAAGCAAUUCCGGAAAUGGGCUCGAAAGGGGCGGCUGGUGAAACGAAGAUGGGGUGGCUGGUCCGGGUCCUGCCGCCUCCAACCAAAAAGAAAACACAAGUGGACGACAAGUUUUUCGUGGUCGUGAAGGAGCCAGACAUGUUUUGUUGGCAGUGUCUCACCGACAUGACCGAUGUCGAGAAACUAUUGAUCCUCGACGACAUUCUCGCACUAAGGGGAGUGUUCGUCCAAUCCGCGGGCGGGCAUCUGAAGUGUCAGCAUAAACCUGGAAUUAAAGACAUGGUCACGACGACGAAAGUGGACCGUGUGAUGCUCCGUAUGUUCCACUACAUCUUGUUCCUUGAAACGGAGCAAGACGAAAGUGGCGCGGUGGAGUACGUGAACACUUGCAAACGUACUCUUCUGCACGAGAAGGACUCCCUCGACGACGCGAAGAAAUUGUACGAGGACGGCAGGUUCCCUAAAUCUUUCGAAAAGUCUGUCCGUUCCAUCUUGCGACGGACGGAAGAAGAAGUUCGAGACGCGAUCACGGUCAGCAGGGAUGUGGGGCACAUCAAAUGGCCCGACCUCAACCGGGUGACCAGCCUUAUUCCUUUCGCUUUCCCGCCUUCCCAAGCUCACAGUCAUGUCACUGCGAUCCGUGAGGUUGUGCAACAUUACGUGUGCAACCUGUACGUCCUCGAUUUGUGUGAUCCCACACUCCUCACAGACUGGCGAGAAGACGAUUUCGCGAACUUGCAAGGCGUUCUCCAAACACUUUCGCCAACACACUGGGCACUUGUGGUCUUUUUCCCCUCUCGUUGGGAGCUCAGUUUCUUGAAAGGCAUGACCAGGCUUAGUGUCUAUCACGUCAGGACAGGGAAGUGGGUGCGCAAUGCACAAAAGCAGGCCACUGUUCGGGAAGGCAAUAUGCUGGUUGAGGAGUGUGACCGCCUGUACGUGAUCUUUAAUGGCGAAAAGUUGGAAGACAACACAUUCGCAGUCUACCCGGCCAGAAGUCUGACAAAGGCUUCCCGUGCUCAUGGUCGAAGUCCGGCCAAACACACAGUGCCGGCCCGCUCGAAAGCUGUCUGUUCGUCGGACCCAUCAGGACAGGCUGUGGCGUGUUUCGACGUGCCAGAAGAGGAAAGGUUCUCUCGUAGCAUGUGGGAGGACGGUGGCGUGACAAGUGUUAGUGGACCUGCUUAUGGGGAGAUGGAGCAGAACCCGUCCCGUCUACUAAGUCUACUCGAAAACUUUUGCAAAGUUGGGCAAAUUCUUUUUUUCUUUGGGAAGGCGCAUGCGUCUGUCGUGUGGGAGCUCAUGCGCACCGGUCGGAACGUCGUCUCGUUGGAGAAGGAGGCGAGGAUGAUCGAUUACCUUCACGAGUUCGUGAAGGCACGCGUUGCAAACACUCGCAAUGCUUGCGAGUUUGUCCUCACCACCGGCGAACGAAACUGGGAUCCCAAGCGUGACAUGUAUUGGAAAAUGUCGGGGAACAAAAUGACGGAGGUUUGGGACUUCCUUUUCCAACCCGGACCGUUUGGUCCUACCGACCUUGAAUACACUCGACGGAGAAACCUGGUGUUUAGUGUGCUCAAUAGGUACGACGAUGCACCCAGGGAGUCUGUCUCGCAUUUCCUGAGAAGGCUGGAGCACGUUUACUUCACGCUGGCCGAACCGCUCACCCUCGAAAACUACAAGUCACAGUUUGACGAGGAGGACCCUUUCGACGCUGAAGACAUGGAGGAGCUGAGCGACUCGGAAACCUUCGAUUUCGAUUCCAUGCCACUUCCUCGAGUGGUUGGACAGGUUGGUGAUGAAGAGGAAGGUGACCCUCAAAGAUAUAGCACGUCCCCUGCCGGUUUGAAGCGUGUGUUUCGGCGUGAAAGAGUCGACGACCAAUCGUCUGAUGAUGGGGAGGAAGAGAGAGACUAUGAUUACGAACCUUGUGACAAGCUCCCUGGGGACCAUGAUACCUGGGAGAAUGACAGACUCUUCUUCUUCAGUAAGCAUCACCGGUUCACGUCGGAGGAUGUCUCGGGACACGACGUCGUCUGGCACCCGAGGAUAUUCCAACCUGCUGUGAGGAAUGGAAUUUGGGUCAUGGCAAUGAAGGAGGCCGACGGCAAGUGGAGUGGACUGAAGAGAUUGGGAGCGGGUGCAUUUAAGAGAACGGCGAGAACUGCUCUGGUGGAGCAUUUGAGUCUCAUGAACCCCGAGAGGAACGAACCGGACGUCGCUGCGUAUGCAGAACAAAAGCUAAAUGAGUUGUACGCCAACAACAUAUUGGAGUUUCGAGCGCCUUUCUACACACUCGAAACGACACCGUCUCGUGGCAUUGACUGGCGCAUGCCGCAACCUCCGUCAGGCGGUCAGCAUCCGGGAGUGGGUGGAGAAGGAGACGAAGGAGAUGGCGGAGACGGCGGAGGAAACGACUCACAGUUUGCUGGAAAGAGGACGGGCGAGACAUCGUCGGUAGAGAAGGCGUCCGGCGGAAAGGGGUCAGGCGGAAAGGACUCCUGCGGAAAGGGGUUGGGCGGGAAGGGGUCGGGCGGGAAGGGGUCGGGCGGAAAGCGUAGAACGUYCGGGAGUCCCCAGUAUAUGGGUACUGACCCUCACUGCGCAGGGAGUCGAGAUUCCGACAUGCGAGACGAGGCCACCCUGAGGUCUGAUCAAACUCGAGACUGGCGGUCUCGCGACGUGCUGGAGGGGCCCCCUGCAGGAGUGUUGGAGACCGGGGGUAGCGAGCACGAACGUCACACUCCUGGGCAAGAUGAGCGCUCUCCAGGAAUGCGUGUUGUACAUCAGGAAGAGGAGACUCAACGCUGGGAGUCUCCCAAAGUGUUGGAGACCGGGGGGAGCAAGUGUGAACGUCAUGCUUCGGAGGGUGUGUUCGUGGACACUCGCAGCGAGAGUGCAGGAGCUCCAGGGGAAACGCAUGCUCUACAGCGGGGAGAGGAGACUCGACACGGGCCGGCUCGUGAAGACGUGAAGUGGAUCCACGCACGAGCGCUGAUGAUCGGGACUUCCGAAGAGGUUCUGCACAGUCGUUCAGCUGUGGAUACGACGCGAGAGGGUGCGGUUAAGGGAGGUCAAUGGACGUCCGUGCAAGCUCCUGUUCUUGGCGACGAUGAAGACAAAGAAGAACCCGCGGUGGACGCUCGGGUUCAUGGCGAUGAGGAAGGCGGCGAACCCGUGGUGGAAGGCGGUGAGGUGACUGUCGAUAUCCGGACGGAUCCUCAGCGGAAAGAUGGUGAUUGUUCGCCCACCCGUUGCGGUGAAGAACAGGGUGGUCGACCGUCUGUCCUAAGCUCCGCUCGGGGAAUGGUACUUUAUGAAGCCAUAGAUUUGGGUGAUGACUCGGCAGCCACCGAGCUGGUUAGCGACUCAGGGGUGGCCGAGAUGCAGAACGUCGAAUCCUCCGUGGAAGGCGUUGAGGUGGCCGUCAGCAUCAAGAUGGAUCCAGAGCGGAAAAAUCAUGACUCCUUGUCCACCCGUUGCGGUGCCGAACGGGGUGAUCGAGCAUCUGUCCUCAGUACCGGUCGGGAAAUGGUGCUUCAUGAACGCAUCGACUUGCCAAGCGACUCAGCUGCCACCGAGAUGGUUAGCGACACAGCCGUGGCCAAGGUGCAGAACCUUGAAUCGUCCGUGGACGUUGGCGCAGUGGCGCGACAGGAGGGCGAGUUCCCUCAAAGGGCUCCCGAGGACGGUGUGAGGUUGUUAAUGUCCCUGUCCAUGAAGCCUUCAGAAGCCGUGCGCGAGAAACGUCUUUCAGGGAGGUCAUUGGCCGCUUUACCGAAGAAGUCGUCAAGUGAAGGGUUGUUUAAAAGGGUCCAGAUGCCUCGCCUUUCCCAGAGAGCUGUCAGGGUUCUGAAGGCUUGUGGAAUAGAUAAGGAGGAAGGUCUGUGGAAAUAUUUGGCUUCAUCUAUUGAGAGCGUUACUGCUUUGUCUGAUGGGUCUGAUGACGAAGGCAAAUAGGGUGUCUUGAAAAACCAGUGUCCUAAGUACAUCGCGAAGGACACAUUCAACAGUUGAGGAUACAACUUUUCUGGGAAAAGG